AUGACUGACAAGAUCUUAACCUUUGAGAUCAGUCCAGAUGGUGAUCUUGAGGUAAAGAGCAUUCGCAAAGGCGAUGACCAGGCCAUCUACACGCUUAAAAGAGAGACCAUGGUCGCGAAGUCGCAGUACUUCAAGAAUCUCCUUCGUUACACUCAUCUCGGGGACCAGUCUUCUCCGGGAAUUACCUUGGAAGACGACGACCCUGAGGCUUUGAACGUCUGGUUUCGCCAUUUGCACGCAGAAGGCGACGCGGAGAGAAAGGAGCUGCAGCAGCCCAACCAACUCUCCGACAUCUCCGUCAGGACUAUCUGGCACCUUGCCUGCGUCGGCGACAAGAACAACUUUGAUGGCGAGGUGCUGGGAGACUUCUUUAAAAAAUGGUACAGGCACCAUGUUCGCCUGAGUAACAACAACUCAAACGACGGCGAAGAGUUCCCGUACAACUUUGUCGCAUACGUCAAGACACUUCCUUUCCCGUGCCUUGUAUUGGACCACGCCGAAGGAUUUGCCGAGACCACAAAAUGGCUUGCGUACAAUAGCAUAGGGCAUAUCAGAGAGGUUCGCCCACCUGGGUUCACGUCUAAGUAUCAUCACUUGUCUCCGAAGGACUUUGUGGGCCCCUUGAACGCUGCUCGCGGACGUCUCAAGACUAUCCUUGGCCAAGGACUCUGCAACGCCUCCGACGACAUCCUGACCAGAGGUCGCUAUGACUGCACGUGCAAGCAAUACCGUGCAGUCGUAGGACAAUAUCUUGAAGAGCUGUCUCGCGUCAGGGUCGAUCCACUUGAGAAAAGCGUUCUUUCCAACUCGAUCGCACGGAUGCUGAAGCUUCUAGACGAUUUCAAACUCGAUCCAGCAGAGGCUUGCAGUUUCUGCACUAAGCGUUGGGACUUGACUGUCCAAAGUGCUGUCCAGAGGGUCAACGGUUACUUCGACGUCUGUGUCUCGACUGCAUGGAUCGGUCGAAUCAUAACCGAAAGGACGCUGAGGAAGACUACUGGAAGAAGUCAAUGGCUGUCAAUGGAAAGUGGGAUGAGAACUGCAGAAUUAAACAUGGAGAGCCCACAUGGUACCAUUCCUGGUGUGGGCGGGAUGAGCAUCGGCAAAAGCUCAUGGAUAUGCGUCGCGUUGGCAUGGAUCCGAGACGGUUUUAUCCUAAUUACUCCCCUGAUGGUUCCUCCGAUGGUUCUUCUGAUGAUUCGUCUUGAAGGUUAGAUUGGAGGCUUCCUAUGUUAUAUGUUGAAGGAGGCUGCUGAGUGCUACUGUUUCU